GUGAGAAGUCCUUACUCUGGCCUUAGGGUUCCAGCGAAGCUAUCUUUUCAUCCCUGCUAGGGAACGAAAGAAGCCCGCUGACACCCGGCUAGCCUUGUCCCUCUCCCUCCUUAGUGUUUCGUUGUUUGCUUUUGGUUAUUCUCGUUAUUAUUAUUAUUAUUAUUUUUAAGCAUCAGACGUGUGGCGUAGCUUAGGUGUUAGGAGCUUUUAGAGCAGCAAACAGGAGCAAGGACAGACAACCGCUCCAUCCGCUUGUUGCUGUGACUUGCUUUUAAAUUUGAUUUUACUUUUUUUAAAAAAAAUCAUUUCUCUUAAUUAAAAAAAAUGAACAAGCUGUACAUCGGCAACCUGAGCGACAGCGUGAGCCCGGUCGAUCUAGAAAGUAUCUUUAACGACUCCAAGAUCCCUUACACCGGCUCUUUCCUGGUGAAAGCGGGCUACGCGUUCGUGGACUGUCCCGACGAAAACUGGGCGAUGAAGGCCAUCGAAACCCUAUCAGGUAAAGUGGAGGUGCACGGAAAACUCAUCGAGGUGGAGCACUCGGUCCCGAAGAGGCAGAGGAGCCGUAAGAUCCAGAUCCGUAACAUCCCGCCUCAUCUUCAGUGGGAGGUGCUGGACAGUGUUUUGGCUCAGUAUGGGUCGGUGGAGAAUUGUGAGCAAGUAAACACUGAUACUGAGACUGCUGUGGUCAAUGUAACCUACAGCUGCAAGGAGCAGGCGAGACUUGCGAUCGAGAAGCUGAAUGGCUUUCAGCUGGAGGGGUACACCCUGAAAGUUGCCUACAUCCCGGAUGAGCUGGCCGACCUGCCCAUGCCGCACUCUCCAGUCAUGCCGACCCGCCGUGGUUAUGGUCAUAGGGGACCCCAGAGGCAGGGGUCCCCCGGAGCCGCGGGACAGAACCACCAGAACGACAUUCCUCUCCGCAUGCUGGUCCCCACUCAGUUCGUUGGAGCCAUCAUUGGGAAGGAAGGCGCCACCAUUCGCAACAUCACCAAGCAGACCCAGUCUAAGAUUGAUAUCCACCGCAAGGAAAAUGCUGGCGCCUCUGAGAAGCCGAUUACUAUCCACGCCUCUCCUGAAGGCUGCUCCACUGCUUGCAAGAUUAUCAUGGAGAUCAUGCAGAAGGAAGCCCAAGAUACCAAAUUCACCGACGAAAUUCCCUUGAAGAUUCUGGCUCAUAACAACUUUGUUGGCCGCCUGAUUGGGAAGGAAGGAAGGAACCUGAAGAAAAUCGAGCAGGACACUGAUACCAAGAUCACCAUCUCACCACUGCAGGAGUUGACUCUGUACAACCCAGAGCGUACCAUCACUGUCAAAGGUAGCAUUGAGACUUGUGGCAAGGCUGAGGAGGAGAUCAUGAAGAAAAUAAGGGAGUCUUAUGAGAGUGAUCUCAGUGCUAUGAAUCUUCAAGCCCACUUACUUCCUGGAUUAAAUCUGAAUGCGCUGGGUCUGUUCCCAGCCUCUACUUCUGGGAUACCCUCACCCUCCACUUUGGGGGUUCCUUCGGCUGCAGCCGCUACUAACUACCUGCCAUAUGGGCAACAGGCUGAAACUGAGACCGUUCACCUGUUCAUCCCAGCUAUGGCUGUGGGAGCCAUCAUUGGCAAGAUGGGCCAGCAUAUCAAGCAGCUCUCUCGUUUUGCAGGAGCUUCUAUCAAGAUUGCUCCCCCCGAGACUCCAGAUGCCAAGGAGAGGAUGGUGAUCAUCACUGGACCCCCUGAAGCCCAGUUUAAGGCUCAAGGAAGGAUCUAUGGAAAGCUCAAGGAGGAGAACUUCUUUGGUCCCAAGGAAGAGGUGAAGCUCGAGGCCCACAUUAAGGUGCCCUCCUACGCUGCCGGGAGAGUCAUUGGCAAAGGAGGAAAAACGGUGAACGAGCUGCAGAAUCUGACCAGUGCCGAGGUGGUUGUUCCUCGUGAUCAGAUCCCCGAUGAGAAUGAUGAGGUGAUCGUGAAGAUAACUGGUCACUUCUAUGCGUGCCAGCUCGCCCAGCGAAAAAUCCAAGAGAUUCUGGCACAGGUUAAGAGGCAGCAGCAAAUGCAGCAGCAGAAGAAUGCCAAUGCUGCCGCCGCAGCCGCUGCUGCGGCUGCUGCUGCUUCGGCCGCCGCCGCGACUGGUGGUGGUGGCGGUGCCUCCGCCGCCGUCCCUGGGCCAAGCGGCCAACCUCAGUCCAGGCGCAAGUAGAGAGGUUAAGGAAACGGCCCAUCUCAACAAAAGAUGCCAAACCAAAGACGAGACUAAAUAUAAUAGAUGGGUGAGGAAACACCUAUCCCUAAAUCACAAUUAGAAGUCCCACCUACCAAAAGCUUAUUUGAAGACCAGGCAAAAUUUUGAAUUCGUUUUAAAAAAUUUCUAUGUAAUGUCCUCUCAAGUUUCCGGAACCUGGCUUUUAAGGAACCAACAACAAGAAGAAGAACGACAUCUACAAGAACAAGAAAAUUAAGAGUCAUUUCCCUUGUGUUAUAUUCUUGAAUUUGUGUAAAGUGACUUGAUGUUUAUUGUCCUUGAUAUUCUCCUAACCAUUUUAGCAGUUGGUUAAAUUAAGCUUUGUGUUCUCACCUUACCAACUUUAAACAGAGAGAAAGAAAGGCAUUGCUCCUUAUCCAUUGCUCAUGAAAAUAAGCCGGUGGUAAUUAUUGGUGGACUAGAAUUAUAUAUCCAGUAAAUUGUCAACAAGUAUAAUUAAACAUUAGAUGUAUGUACCCCAAGCCAGUGGCAUUUUUUAAAAAAUUUGGUUGCAUUUUUACUAAGGGAAAUGUUGAGUGUGUUGGCCAGGGCCUGGAAAGAAUAUGCAUUUUACAAAACUACCUCAGGCGUAGAGAGCACUUAAAAAAAAAAACAAAAAACAAAAAAAAAAACAAAAAAAAAAAACAAAACAAAAAACAAAAAAACCAAAAAAAAAAAAUCUUUUCCUUUUUUUUUUUUUUUUUUUGGUAAUCUGUACUUUUGAUUUAAAAAAAAAAAAAAUAGUCCCAGAACUUUUUUUUUUUAAAAAACAAAGCAGAUUUAAAAUCUGAUCGGCCAACAGUGAGAAACAAGAUGAGCUAAUUGGGCAAAGAGCACAUGGUGCUUUGAACUGGUGGUUGAUUAAAAAAAAAAAAAUUGGAAAACAAAAACCUGGGCCUUCUAAGGCUUCUGCCACCAAAAUUUAUCAAAUUCAGUCAACAUUCUAAGAUUCUGAAUAAUGCCAACAGGAGAGCAGCAAUGCCACUUAUGUUUGAUCUUUUAAAAUGGGCUUUAAAAGAAUUGGUCCUCUUCUGGGAAACAGAACCGAGAAGUGAUGGCGAGAUGCUGGGGGUCUGGGGGGUCGAGCUGAACCAGUUGCAGGAGACUGGACUGUUUGUGCUCCUUUAUUAGAUGCAUGAACCCUUUGUGCCUUUGACCAUCACUGCCUAAAGAAACAAUGCUUCGGUGCAGAUCCAUGCAGUCCGUGCGGACGUUCAUUGUGUUCCAAGAGCGAGCUUCCUCUUUCGUUCUGUAGGCCAUGUGAUCUGUUGGGCCAUUUCUGAUGCUUGUCAUGCUUUUAGAUGAUCACAGCUGUUAUCACCACAACCAGGGAGGGCAAGGAAGGUCAAAGAUCUGACCAUAUUUAAAGAAAAGGAAAGGCUACAUAUCCAGCCACUGUCAUGGGCCACACUAAACCACCUUGAAAGUUUAAACAUGAGCUAAACACGGAAAGAAAAAAAAACCCAAAACACCUAAAAUAAAGCCUCCUAGUUUGGCUUAAAGAUAAAAUACAGCAGGAUUUAUACACAGUCUGCAACCAACCAGUUGAAAAUAAAAUAGUCAAAAGACAGGGAUGUAGGAAAGCAACUAAAUUUCUCUCCAAUUUCAAAAUGUAAUUUGAAAAAAAAAAAAAAAAUGAUUGUGCUACUACGCAUUCAAGUUUCUCCAAUAAACUUCAAUCUACCUCA